AUGGCCGCUACACCAGACGCCAUCGGUUGUGUGACGAGUGGUGACCAGCCUCGACGGCGACUGGGUUUGCUGGAUCUCCCAACAGAGGUCCGACAUCAAAUCUACCGGCACCUGUUCUGUCAUAGACCCGGGCCUAUCACUCUAGGCUUUCACGACUUCUUCUCGAAGUGGGCGUCAUUGUCACUAUCCGAGGACAGAGAAGCGCCGCACGAACCGACCUUCCACACCUCCCUCUUUCGGGUGAACAAGGCCAUCUCCCGCGAUACGCUUGAAUUUGCGUACAGCGCCAACUGCUUCCGCUUCGACAAGGAUAUCCAGACGUUCUGCAACCUCGGUUCGAUCGCACUCGCCUCGAUCAAGACAUUGCGUGUUUACAGAAACGCCUGGUUGAACAGCUCGUACGCCAUCUCCUUCUGGCGCACCUUGAACCAACGCUGCCCGAGCCUCGCCCUUCUCGUCGUGGAGGCCGCAUCCCACAUCCUGUUGGCGGCCAUCCCCUACCUCAAGGACUUCAUGGCCUCCAUUCCGCGUGGCCACGCCAGACCCAACUUGGUCCUCGAUCUCAACGUCUGGGACAGGCACUUCUCCUUUGACUUUCCAGACCGCGAGUAUCAAACAGCUUUGCAGGAUUUGCGAAGUAACAUGCUAGAGAGCGACUGGAAGGAGUUUUCGUAUCCUUACAUUUACGUGAUGCGCAUGCCCAGGCACGUCAAAGAAAUACGCUUUGCAUUGGAUCUCGGGCCCGGCGCAUUGAGAGCUCUUGAGGAGGUUCUGAGGCAAUCCACGGACCUCUGCUUUGUCGAAGCCGACCCAGAGUCGUCAAACAGUGCCGGUCACGUUGCGGGUCGUGGAAAACACCGCUGCUUCGUUUGGAAGGAAGCCGGUGAAUAA